GCUUUACAAGGCUGAGGAAUAUCAGACUGAGAAUCGCUGGGAACAGUUCCCUUGCAGCACAGAAGCAAUCUUCUCUCCCCAUCUUCGCAUAUUCUGAGGCAAAUCAAAUGGAAGAAAAGAGAAGCAUUACCACAGAUUGGAUCAGUUCUCUUUAGAGAUUACAUUUUCAGCAAAAAAUGUAUGGAUCUAUCUUUCCUGUUUUAUCUAGAUCAUGAGACUUGACUGAGGCUGUAAUCUUGAUCUUCCAUCCAUCUAUGGCGAACUAUAGCCAUGCAGCUGACAACAUUUUACAAAAUCUCUCUCCUCUAACAGCCUUUCUGAAACUGACUUCCCUGGGUUUCAUAAUAGGAGUCAGCUUGGUGGGCAACCUUUUGAUCUCCAUUUUGCUAGUGAAAGAUAAGACUUUGCAUAGAGCACCAUACUACUUCCUCUUGGACCUUUGCUGUUCUGAUAUCGUCAGGUCUGCAAUUUGUUUUCCAUUUGUAUUCAACUCUGUUAAAAAUGGCUCUACCUGGACUUAUGGGACUUUGACCUGCAAAGUGAUUGCCUUUCUGGGGGUUUUGUCCUGUUUCCACACUGCUUUCAUGCUCUUCUGCAUCAGUGUCACCAGAUAUUUAGCCAUCGCCCAUCACCGUUUCUAUACAAAGAGGCUGACGUUUUGGACGUGCCUAGCUGUGAUCUGCAUGGUGUGGACUUUAUCUGUGGCCAUGGCAUUUCCCCCGGUUUUAGAUGUGGGCACUUACUCAUUCAUUAGGGAAGAAGAUCAAUGCACCUUCCAACACCGCUCCUUCAGGGCCAAUGAUUCCUUAGGAUUUAUGCUGCUCCUUGCUCUCAUCCUCCUAGCCACACAGCUUGUCUACCUCAAGCUGAUAUUUUUUGUUUACGAUCGAAGGAAAAUGAAGCCAGUCCAGUUUGUAGCAGCAAUCAGCCAGAACUGGACUUUUCAUGGCCCAGGAGCCAGUGGCCAGGCAGCUGCCAAUUGGCUAGCGGGAUUUGGAAGGGGUCCCACACCACCUACCUUGGGCAUCAGGCAAAAUGCAAACACUAUGGGCAGAAGAAGGCUAUUGGUCUUAGAUGAAUUCAAAAUGGAAAAAAGAAUUAGCAGAAUGUUCUAUAUAAUGACUUUUCUCUUCCUAACCUUGUGGGGCCCUUACCUGGUAGCCUGUUAUUGGAGAGUUUUUGCAGGAGGACCUGUAGUACGGGGAUUUCUAACAGCUGCUGUCUGGAUGAGUUUUGCUCAAGCAGGAAUCAGUCCUUUUGUCUGCAUUUUCUCCAAUAGGGAGCUGAGGCGCUGUUUCAGCACAACCCUUCUUUACUGCAGAAAAUCCAGGUUACCAAGGGAACCUUACUGUGUUAUAUGAAGGAACAUUUAUAAAUCUUUAACCUUGUGAAACACUGACCCUCUCUAUUAAGCAACUGUGGCCUGUAGCCACAUCUUGAGAAGAAAGUAAAGAAUGAGAUUAGUGGUUAUAAUAAUUUGGGCCACAUUCAGCAGUCUUUGUAAUCAUUCAACUGUAAUCUUAUUUUAAAACUCAGAGUGAUCUUGCUGACUGCCCAUGAAGGUUUGCAAUUAAGAAAGGACUGAACCUCUGCCCUAAGUUUCUUUAUGUAGUUGAAAACUAGAUAAUAUAAUUAACAGGUGCUAAAUAUCAGUGCUAAAUCACUACUUAUGAAAAAUAUAAAAAAAUUAGUAUUGGACAUCUUAAUAAAUCAAGUUGACGUGAAGUAAAUAUAGUAAUAAAAACUAAUUCUAGAAGUUUGAAGUUUUUAAACAUUUCAUACUAUUAUUGUUUUCAUGAAGUCUAAAAUAUUUGAGGACUUAAAGUAAUGUAAUCCACUAAAGAUAUACCAUGAAUUGUUGGAUUAUCACACUUUUAAAAAUCACCUUAUAAAUUUAGACGAACAUUCCAAAGCAGUGUAUUGGUUCCAAUUAGAGUUUAUUUCUUAAAUUAAUACCUUACUAUUUCUAAUUAUCACUUUCCUUAUCUACUUGUUAAAUUGCUAGAUUUGAACUAUAUUAUGUUAUUCUUCUUGAUUGGGUAUAAAAUUUUUUCAAUUCGUUUUAUUUUGCAAAUGCUAGAUAUUGGUCUGGAAGGCAACAUUAAUCACAGCAACCAAUCACAAUGAGCAGUUCUAAUAAUUUAGAAUAAACACACAUUGCCUUAAAGAGUUAUCUAGUAUAUUUCAUCUUAUUUAGCACUGAAGCAAAUAAUCAAGGAAAAUCAAAUCAGUAACUGGUCAUGGUCAUGUAUCUGGAAGUACAUGGAAGAUCAUUAAUUCUCUUUUUCCUUGUUCCUCACCUGGUUUAAAAAUUAAGGUCUACAUCAUUGGGAUAAUGGGAGUUUUCUUCUGAGGUGUGCUACCCAUUCUGGUGUGUUCUAAGAAUGAGGCAGUUGAUAUAUGUUUAUAUUUUUAAGUCAGUUGUUAAAGGGAGACCACAGCCUUAGUAUGACAUCCUGCACAAUUUGUGAAGUGUUUAUUCUACAGAAGGCACAGUCCUGUUUAUACUUUCUGCACAUUCAGUGUAUUGGUCACUUAAAUUAUUUCAGAUUUAACUUGUGAAAGCUUGUAAUAUGAUUUCUGGUAGUUUAAAAAUAUAUUGGAGUCUGAAUCUCAUUCUUUAAGAUACAGAUGU